CUGUUGGAGUAUUUUCCAAAAAUGACGACAACGAACGACGAGGACUAUACUUACGCGAUGAAACCGCUAAAAAUUCUAUCAUGGAUUAUGGGCGUUUGGCCUCUGGAAAUUUACAAUGUUUUUACGUUUAUACGUUCCAUCUUUGUAAUCGGGAUUUUGUUAUUAAUGAUCCUGAUUCUGAGCAUAGAAGUGUAUUUAGACGGGAGCGAUGCCGAGGCGAAUUUGGAUAUUUUAUUGUUGACCAGCUGUGGUUUCUUAGCGAUAUCGAAAAUAGCGUGUUUCCGAAUUUACUCGGCAGAAUUGUUCUUCAAUUUUUCCUCGGCUCAAAAGGAUUACGACGAGCUCGAUGAUGAAGAGAAGCGAAUGAUCUUGCGACGACACGCUUACUUGGGCAGAGUAGCCUUAGCUUCUUUAAUAUUAUCUUCGAAUUUCGGGGCAACUUUCAUCACCAUUUUACCCAUUAUACUGAAAACUAAGGAGGAAAAAAACGUGACUACGGAAGAGACAGUAAAAUACCCUAUUCCUUCGGCACAUGUCACAGAACUAGUCAAGUUUCCAGAGAAUCUGCAAAUGAUUAUUUUCAUUACGGAAUACAUGAUGAUGGUGAUGACCAGCGUGGGAAACCUCGGCAGCGAUGGAUUUUUCUUUGGUAUCGUGUUUCACCUGUGUGGUCAAGCGGAGGUGUUGAAAAUGGAAUUUAGCAGAGCCGUUGAUGAAAACGGAAAAAUUGUGGAAAAUUUUCACCUGUUACUAAAGAGACACAUCUAUUUAUUGAAACUGGGAGAGAUGCUAAGCGACACGAUCAGCGUGGUCUUGGCCAUACAACUGUCAACUAGUUGCAUUCUUAUUUGCACAUGCGGAUUUCAGUUUCUACUCGCUGUACAAGAUGAAAAUAUCAUAUUGUCAGCGAAAACAUUAUUCGUAUUAAACGCCUUGAUGAUACAACUGUUCGCAUUUAGUUACGUGGGUGAUUACUUGAAGUGCCAAAUGGAUAGUAUCGGAUACGCUUUGUACAAGUGCGACUGGUACAUGCUUCCUUCGAACGUAGCUAAGAAUAUUACAUUCGUGAUACUAAAAGCUCAGAAACCAGUGCAUCUGAAGGCCGGAAAGUUCUUCAUCGUCAAUCUGGAGGGUUUCAUGAGCAUUCUGAAGACUUCGAUGUCGUAUUUGUCGGUACUCCGCGUAAUGAUAAACACAUGAAUAAUCAUGUGUUAGUUGUCGAGCAUGAAUUUUGGGCACUCGAGCUGACGUAGAACCGUAAGGGUACUGGAACGCAUGUAGUUAAGCAAUUACGGAUCAAUAAAAUAUGAGUCGAAGAGCACGAUGCUAUGACAAAAAGAUACCGAUAAAAUCAACA